AUGAAAAUACCUCCUGGUUUGACUGUUUCUCCCUCUUCAUCUACUUCUCCUCCUUUGGUUUGUAAACUACUCAAAUCCCUCUAUGGUUUGAGACAGGCUUCCAGGCAAUGGUAUGCAAAGUUGUCUCAGGCUCUUUGCUCUAGAGGAUAUUCUCAUUCUUUGAAUGACUACUCUCUAUUCACUAGGAGUUCUGGUUCUUCUUUGGUGAUUUUAGCUGUGUAUGUGGAUGACAUAAUUCUGACUGGUACUGAUCUAUCUGAGAUUUCAUCCUUAAAAGGCUUUCUACAUGAGCAGUUCAGGAUUAAGGACCUUGGUUCCCUUAACUAUUUUCUGGGUAUUGAAGUGCUUUAUUGUGAUUCUGGUGUUCUUCUUCAUCAAAAGAAAUUCACUCAUGAUUUGUUAGAGUCCUUUGACUCUUCUGCCUCUUCAGCUGUGGUCUGUCCACUUACUAUCAAUGAGAAGUUGAAGGCUUCUGUUGGUGAUCUUCUGCCCAAGCCUGAGGAAUAUAGGUGUUUAGUGGGCAAGUUGAAUUUUUUAACCCACACUCGCCCUGAUAUCAGUUUUGCUGUCCAGCACCUUAGCCAGUUCCUGCAAUCUCCUCGUAUUCCCCAUAUGCAGGCUGCCUUACAUCUCUUGCGCUAUUUGAAAGGGACUUCUGAUUUUAGCCUGUUUUUCAGUCAUUCCCCUGAUCUUGGCUUAAGAGUCUACUGUAAUAGUGACUGGGCUUCUUGUGCUGAUAGUAGACGGUCCGUUACUGGUUUUUGUGUAUUUCUUGGUGACUGUUUGGCUGCAUUGCACAUUGCUCGCAACCCUGUUUUCCAUGAGCGGACCAAACAUAUAGGGCUGGACUGUCAUUUUAUCAGAGGAAAAAUUGGUGAUGGCUUGAUCAGUUUGGCUCAUGUUUCUACUGCUGCUCAAGUUGCUGAUAUCCUUACCAAGGCACUCCCUGGGCCUGCUCAUCAUCUCCAUCUUCGCAAGUUGGGGGUUCUUUCACCCUCCAACUUGAGGGGGGCUGUUAGAAUAAUAGAAGAAAAAGGCUGA